AUGAGACAUUGCUCUAGCACAGAAGAAAGGUCCGAUGCAGCUAAAUACCUUCGUAAUAGACAGAGCACGUCGAAGCGUCAAACCGUGUUUCCAUACGAAAACGGAAAGGAUUGCGUGUUAAGCUCAGCAGCAUUUCGCGGGAGGCGAACGGCCGGCGCUGGGCGUUUUCCUCGCGUCGCGUCGAGCGAGACUCCACCCACCGGCGCGAGUGGGGACCCCACCACUGGACCGAUACGCGCCAUGACGGUCGACCCGAACAACACGAAACCGCGCGAUGGGGACGAUCGGGCCUGGAACGUCCCCUCCGAGGCGCGCGAGACGUUCGAGCGCGUCUCGUCGCUCCAGCUCGAGGAGCUCCUGAGAACCGCGAACGGCGACGAAGCGAGGGGACGGGCGGGACGCGACGGGAACGGGUUCGCCAUGCCGGAGGACAGCGACGCGGAUGAAAAUUCAUCCGACGAGUCCGAGGUUUCCGAUGCCGGGGACGAGCGCGAAGAUCUCGAAGACGUGGACGACGUCGAGCGCGGCGCCCAGCGGACCAUCGAGGUAUCGGGCGAGGAAGAGGCGGACGACGACGACGAGUCCGUCGAGAACGAGGCGACGGGUAGGGGAGAGCCGCACGAGGAGGACUCCAACGACUAUGACCAUCCCGAACCUUUCGAGGACGUCGAGGGCGAGGAGGAGGAGGAGCGUAAGACCCGCGCCAGGCUGGUGAUCAUCCGCCUGCGCGACGAGAUGUUCGCGUCCGAUCCGCACUUCAAAAAACGCACAGUCGCGCAGCUCAACGCCGAGGCCGUCGCCUUCCUCAAGAAGGGCGACGACCUCCGCUGCGUCGCCGCUUUCGCCAAGGUGUUCCGCAAGCUCAGGGAUAACCACCUGGUGCACAAGGACCUGCACGUGUGCCACAGCAACAGAGCCGCGGCGUACCUCAACCUCGGGCUCUUCGAGGAGGCACUCUGGGACGCCAUGCGAUGCCAAACGCUCGCUGACGAACGCUUUCAUCGCGACCGCGACGCGAUCUCCGUGGCGCCCAUCUACGUCAAGGCGUUCGCGAGGCGGGGUUUCGCGCUGAUGGGCCUGCGGAACCCGAGGCAGGCCAAGGUAGAGUUCGAGAAGGGUCUCCGGAUGAACCCAGAACACUCCGAGUGCAAGCGUGGCCUCGAGGAGGCCACCGACGCGAUGCUCGCCGAUCUGCUCGCGGGUCGCGGCAAGGAGACCCUCGCACUUCCCGCGUCGUCUAAGGUGGCCGGUCGGAUUACCGCGCUGCCCCACGCCGCGCCCUUGCACCACAUCCACCCGCGCGACAUGCUCCCGGUGCGCCUGUUAACGCCGUUCCAGGCUGACAACGACUACCACGUCAAGGACACGUACAACUACAUAACGGUGCAGGCCGACAUGGAGAUGCCCAAGCGACACUUCCGCUACCUCGAGGACACUACGCGGCGCACUGCAUUCGCCGAGGCCGUCACGCGCGCGGUGGACCGCCUACGGGAGGACGCGAAGGACGCCCGCGUGUUGAACCUGGGAUGCGGCGCGGGUCUGUUGGCGAUGGAGGCGCUUCGAGCGGGCGCUCACCACGUCACCGCCACCGACCGCUGGCUCUACCACGCCAUGGCCGCCAAGGAGAGUUUGCUCAACAACGGGUUCAGCGAUGAUCAGGUCAAGGUGGUGUAUAAACGACCCACCGACCUCGCGGUGCUGAGGGACGUGCCAAUCUCGUGCAACCUCUGCGUCAACGACAUGAUCGACGACGGCUUACUCGCGUCGGGGAUCAUCCCGAGUUUCCGGCACGCUCUGGAGAAACUCCUCCUCCCCGAUGCCAUCCUCCUCCCCGCGAGCGCGACGGUUCACGUCAUGCCGGUGGAGAUGCGAGUCGACAAGGUGUGCGGCCUGGACGUCAGCGCGAUGAACCCCUACAGGUUCGCCCCUACCCACACGUCCGCCGUCGAACACGGGGCGGAUGCGUGGAUUCCCCUCGCGCCCCCCGUCGAGGCGUGGCACUUCGACUUCCAGAACCCGCCCGAGGAGAGCCAGACCAAGACCGUGGACCUCGCGUUCGAACGCGACGGUAAGUUCAACGCCGUGGUGUUCUGGUUCACGCUCAACCUCAUAGACGACAUCAAGAUCACCACCGCACCAGUCGGGUACGCGCCCGGCGAGUACCCCGGCGCGGACCCUCGCGACUACGACAAACGCCCGACCUCGCUCCAUCCCGCGGUGCAGUUCCUGGAGGGGGAGAUGGAGGUGCGCGAGGGCGGGUUACAGCCGAUGACGUGCGUCCACAACACCGUGUGCAUGCAGUUCAGGGUCGAGGAGGCCGAGUACCUCCACCUGCACAGGCGGGUCGCCUCGUUUCCCCAGUUUCACUUUGGCCUCCUCCGCGACGAGGAACGCGCGAGGGCGUACGACGCGGCGAUCGCGAGGCAGGUGGAUCGCGCCAUCGCGGGUCCCGAUGGGUGCGCCAGGGUGCUCGACAUAGGCGCCGGGUCCGGGCUGCUCUCCAUGAUGGCCGCGAGAGCCGGAGCGGAAAAGGUCAUCGCGUGCGAGUGGCACGCCGAGCUCGCCGACUGCGCCCGCCGCAACGUGGCGCUCAACAAGAUGUCCGGGCAGGUCACGGUGGCCCACUGCGACAGCGCCAAGCUGCAGCGCGGAAAGCUGGGCGUGCCCGUCGAGGGGUGCAACGUCGUCGUCGUGGACAUGUUCGACGCUGGCCUCACCGGCGAGCACGUGCUGUUCAUGCUGGAGAAGGCUCGGAUCAACGUCUCCACCACCGACUGCGCCGUGGUUCCCGCCGCCGCCACGCUGUACUGCAUGGGCGUCGAGGCGUACACGAGCGAGGUGAGCGGAUUUGACAUGUCCUCGUUCAACAAGUACCGGUGGGACAAGACCUACGACACCGUCCGCAUGAACGACGUGCCCCACAGGAUCCUGACCCGACCCAAGAAAGCCUUCGAGCUCUUCCUCGACGGGUCCAAGGGCAAGGGCCGCGGCCGCGAGAGCGUCCUCCGCAUGGAGACCAUCGCCAGCGGCUACCUCAACGCCGUCGUGUUCUGGUUCGACCUCCACAUGGACGAGAAGGAGACCAUCACCACCGCACCCCCGGGCGUGGGCAAGGGCGGGGUGCUCGACGAGGAACGGGACUGCGCCGGAGACGCCGUAGAGCUCGCCGCGAAGAGAGCCAGGCGCGACGCGAGGGCGAAGGAACGGAUGCUCGAGGCGAUCAACCGGCACAAGGAGACGCUCGCGUCCAACCCGCGGACGGACCUGGGCGAGAGGGCGUUCGCGGAGCGGGCCGCCGCGGAGGCUGAGGCCGAGGCUGAGGCCAAAGCCGCGGCUGAGGGCGAGGGCCAGGGCCAGGGCCGAGCGGCGGCCGCCGCCGACGAGAUCAUCCCCGCGUGGGACCAGUCCGCCGCCGACGACGAGGAUUCGGAUAUGGACGAGGCGUCGGCGCGCGGGGGCGAUCGCCCCGAGCACUACUGGGGCCAGGCGUUGCAGUACCUCGAGCGCGGCGUGCAGGUCAAGGCCAAGAAGAAGGUGACCCUGCUCGCCAAGCGCGAGCUCGACAGGGUGACGUUCUCCCUCAAGGAGGGCGUCGGCGGGUACGUGGGCAAGCCCCCGUGGAGGAUCGAAUGGGGCGGUGGCGCGUCCGUGGAAUCCCCGCACUUCCAGCGCGUGCACUACUGCGAGCUUCUCGUGAGCGACUACCUCAUGAGGCUCAAGGGUAAGAGGUUCCCGCCGAUCGAGAAGGAGAUGCGAAUGAUCUUGGCGCACUGCGGAUCCCUCUUCCUGGACCCCGCGGUGAUCCAGCACACGAUGCACAGGUUCGCGUGCCUGGAGCUGGUGCACGACUGGGAGAACUUCUCCGCGGGUGCGUCCAUGGAGGCUCUCACCAAGAGGCCGCUGCUGCUGUACUGA